AUGUCUAACGCUGAACUACCUCGAAAUUACCGUAAGGGCAUGAGCCAGAAGCAUAUACCGACAUUCUGGGAACGGCUAGGUCUUCCUUUGACUGACCAGAGUCCAAAUACUAUUGCGGACCGAGCUCAGGUUAUGACACAUAUCCAUACGGUCCAUACUCGAGUGACAAACUACUGGGUCCAACAGGGGGUGGACCCUGAACACCUCCUCAGAGGAGCCACUAUUACAGCAACGAUCAAGAAUGAAUUAAUCGAUACAAAUGUACCUCUACCAGCACCUAUUCGAGCUCUUCCUCCACAGGAUGCUGCUGAUCUGUUAUUCCAAUUUUAUCGGUAUAACAGAUUCAUUCUACCCAUUAACUGGGGACUAACACCUGCUACGUCGGCUCAUACAACUAUUGCAUCUAAGGCAACAAAGGCAACUAAGACUGCGCCUGUACCAGCUGUACCAGCGCCCCCACCACUAGUAAUUCCUACAUUUAUCCCUAAUCCUGCCCCUGCUGGACCUGCCCCUGGACCCGCACCUGGACCUGCCCCUGGACUAGCACCCCUACUAAAACUACCUGCGGGUAGAGCUAGACCUACACCUUUACUACCUGGCCCCGGGCCUGGACCUGCACCUGCACCCCUGGAGCCUGCCCCUGGCCCUGCGCCUGGACAUGUUCUUGCAGCUAGACCUCGACCUGCCCCCGGACCUGGACCUGCAGCCCUACUACCUGCACCCCUACUACCUGCACCUGCACCUGCACCUGCAACAGGAACUAAGAGACAGAGAGAGGAGGAAGACGAUGAUGAUUCUGGUGCCCCAGCCCGAAAGAAGAGUAGCAUUCAUGCACUCCUUAAUCCAUCUGAUCCAGCACCACAAGGUCCAGCAACUAAGAAAUCGCCCAAAAAGCCCAAAGACAAGGAUGACGACGGCGCUAGCCACGGAGGUGAAGGUGCAGGUAAGGCUGGAGCCGAGGGGGAAAAGUAA